CCUCAGUACAUCCGAACGGGCAACUUUUGUAAUUAUAGGCAACUACGAACCCCUUUUCGGGGACCGGAUUACUAUCUUCGGACCGCCGGUUACAAAAAUUCGCGAACCCUAGCUUUACCCUUUUCGUCAUAUUUGCCCCCUUUUUUUUCAAUCUCUCUCUUCUCUAGCUCGAUUCGAUCUCGAUUUAUUCUCUCAAUCAUCAAAUCGACAUCAGAUUUUUUUGUUUCUCUCCCUCCUCUUUCGAUUGAUCCCUCUUUUGUCCGUAGCCGUUCUGUGUCUCGAAUUCUAGGGUUAGGGUUUCCAGAUUCAUCGAUCCUCAUCAGAUCUCGUCGAUCUGUUAUCUCUUUUUGUAUAUCAAUUUAUUUUUUGGAUUUAGAUUUUGUUUUUAUCUCAAUUUUUUUCUUAUUUUACAAAACAAAACUAAACAAUUGUAAAUAUAGGAUUUGUGAAUUUUGGGUUCGUUAGUUUUCCUUUGUUCUUUAGAUCUGUUAAUUUUUUGGUCGUUUUAUCGGAAAUAGCUGUUUUUAUUACUGGGUAUCCUGUUAAUUUGGGAGUUUGGUUGAUUAAUUAGGGAUCUAGGGUUAGAACCACGAUAAAAAUUGGGGGUUUUUCGUUUUCUUCAAUUGAGUUGGGUAAACAUCAAAUUUCAUCGGGAUCUGCUGUUUCAUUCGGCGAAAGCUUUAUUUUGAGCUUAUUUUUGGGGCAAGCUGAUUUGGGCACACCCUUUUAUAAUAAACAAAUGGAGCGCUUUUUAUGUACUAAAGGAAGUGUGUGCUCUUCCCUAAUAAAUAUAAGAAGUGCUCCAUUCCUAUAAAAUAGGGAUGCCCAAUGUACUAUGACAAUAGUAUUUGAGUUUUCUAAAAGUUAAGCAUGGUGCAGAAACGACCUUUUGUUGACGAGGAGUUAUACGAGGUUUCAUCUAAGCAACCAAGAAAACUCGAAUGCAGUAACCAGUUAGUUUCGUCUCUUGAAUUUCUUCCUUCUGAAGAUGCAGUCCAGAAACCUUACACUUCAGAUGGGAAUGAGCUUAGAUGUGAUGGUCUGGGCAAUUUCACAAAAUGUAAAACCAGAGGUGAUGAGAAGCUUACAAGUGGCAUCAUUACUGAACUCCCUUUAUGCACCGAGAAGGAGAUUGAAAGUAGUGCUCCUGGUUGCAUUUCCCACUCUUCCUGGGCCACCAGCGGUACUAGUGAAGAAGAUGCUAGGUCAGAGGCACCAUCUCAGUUAUUGUUCUUCCCAGAAUAUUGUGAUCCUGACCGUCCAAUAAGGAAAUUUGUUCAUGCUGAGGAGAUAUAUUCUUCUCUUUUAGAUUAUCCUCCUAGAAAAUUAGUUCCUAUUGGACCAGAUUUCCAAGCUGGUGUUCCAGAAUGGAGACCACAGGGUAUCAAGAACGCUUCCAAUUGUUCAGGUACAUCUGAACCAUCAACUAUUUUUCCUCAAGUUUCAGAAUCAGACCUCAUUGAUAGUAACGAAGAUGAGAAUAAGUUUACUGGUAUUUGUGUCAUUCCAAUCCCUAAACUGGACCCAUAUGCAUAUGAUGGAGAUAAAGUUGAAGAUAGUAGUAGGGCUGAAUGCUGCUGUCAAGAUAUGGGGUCUGUCAGAUGUGUCAGACAACACAUCAUGGAAGCAAGGGAAAAACUCAGGAGAACCCUUGGGCAGCAGAGGUUUGAGGAGCUGGGAUUUGCUGACAUGGGAGAGGUAGUGGCUGGGAGAUGGAGUGUAGAGGAAGAACAUUUAUUUCAUGACGUUGUAUUUUCAAAUCCCACAUCAUUGGGUAAGAACUUCUGGAGCCAUCUGUCAAUGGCCUUCCCUUUCCGGACCAAAAAGGACAUAGUUAGCUAUUACUUUAAUGUCUUCAUGCUACGAAAGCGGGCUGAGCAGAACAGAUGUGAUCCAAUGAACAUUGACAGUGAUAAUGAUGAGUGGCAGGGUAGUGAUGAUUCUGGUGAUGAUGAAGACGGGACGUUUGAGGAAGAUGACGAUUCUGGGAUUGAAUCCCCAGUAUAUCAUGAUGAUCCUGGUCACAAUGAGAUUGAAGAAGGUGAUUCUCACGAGGGCUUUGUGCAUGCUACUUGUGGUAAUUAUGAACAUGUGGAUAUUGGUACUGAUAAGGGCAUCUCUGAAAUGUCAGAAACAUGCCAUAAGAAGUUUUGUGCUUCUGAUUUUACACAUCAGCUCCAUGGUAAAAUCCUCUGGGAUGAAAUGGGAAAUCGUGAUGUCCGAGAUGAUUUAUGCAAUUCUGAUGUAGGGGUUGCACCGCAAGUGACCAAAGUAAAGGUUAACAAUAAUAAACCAUGGCCUGGCAUUUUUAGUGGUAUGAGUGGUGGGGGCGUCCAUGAGUGUGUUUUGGAGCAUUACGAUUCUAGAGUAUGGGAUGUUGGAUAUUUGACCCACCGAAGAAAUGAAGUUGAUUUUUUAUCCACUGGCAGCAUGAUUGAGGAGGUAUUUGGAGUUGGAGCUUGGAAUUGCAAGGCUAGAGAUGGCAAGAGUCUGAGCUAGUCAUUUUAUAUUAGCAUCCAAUGCGGUCCAGGAAGCAGUGCCAGGGAAAAAUGGCUUUUGCUGCCCAGGUGGAACCAACCAUGGAUUUUGCUCACGUUAGAGAGUAGUAGGGAAGUCCCUUUACUUUGUACAUUCGAAAAAGUUAGUUGGAAGUUUUUCCUUUUACUGUAAGAUAGUUCUGAUGAUGAUGGUUUACAGGUCUUGAGUUGUCCCAUGACGAUGUCUUCUGAUUGUGCAACUCUUUCCUCCCUUAUGGUAACCGCCACAAUAGUCUCUCUUUAUUGGGGAUCUUAUCUGCAGGGAGGAGAUUAUUUAUAAAUAUAUAGAAUUGCUGAUUCGAAGGUCUAGGCAUUGUAUUAUGCAAUUUGAACUCUCUUUUUUUUUAUCCCCUAUUGUGGAUCUUCAUUAUAGAAAUCUUCUAAUUCUUUUGUUUAACCAAUGUAUAAAGUCUGUCCUAUAUUCAGAACAUUGUACUAGUGACACAUCCGGUUAAGGAUUGGCAGAACAUGUGUAUGUGUUUGUACCUGGCAAAACAGAGGGAGGUGCUUCAGUUGCACUUAUAAUGCAGUAGUGUGGAGAUAAAAAAAAACUAUUGCGCAGCAAAUUUAGAGCAUUUAA